AUGUCUAUGGUACCAACACAAGCAUUAACGGUUGGUGUUCAAACAGUGAUGGAUGCUAGAGAGGUGAUGAUUCUGGUCACUGGCUCUCAUAAAGCGUUAGCACUUCACCAUGCUAUAGAGUGUGGUAUAAGCCAUAUGUGGACCGUGAGCGCCUUCCAGAUGCACCCAAAAGCGAUGUUCAUCGCCGAUGAUGACGCCACAUUGGAACUAAAAGUGAAAACCGUCAAGUACUUCAAAGGUCUUAUGCCACACCACAAAAAACUCGCCGAGUGA